CCUUCCGGAGUAACCGCCGCCCCCCCGCCCGCCGGGUUCGCUUCCGGCUCCGUCCGGGGGGCCCGUUCCUGGCGCCGCUGCCGAGGGGAGCGCGGGGCCCAUGGAGCCGCGGCUGUGAGGCGCCCCCGGCCCGGGCCCGCUGCGGGAGCCGGGCGGAGGCCGGAGCCGGGAGCCGCCGGAGCCGGAGGAGAUGGACAAACUGACCAUCAUCUCAGGAUGCCUCUUCCUGGCCGCCGACAUCUUCGCCAUCGCCAGCCUGGCGAACCCGGACUGGAUCAACACCGGCGAGUCCGCGGGUGCUCUCACAGUUGGCCUUGUGCGACAGUGUCAAACCAUCCAUGGACGUGACAGGACCUGUAUUCCUCCACGGCUGCCUCCUGAGUGGGUCACUACGUUAUUUUUCAUCAUUAUGGGAAUCAUUUCACUAACUGUCACAUGUGGUUUGCUGGUGGCUUCCCACUGGCGAAGAGAAGCUACUAAAUAUGCCCGCUGGAUAGCUUUCACUGGAAUGAUUCUAUUCUGUAUGGCAGCCCUAAUAUUUCCAAUAGGAUUUUACAUCAAUGAAGUUGGAGGUCAACCAUAUAAAUUACCCAAUAACACAGUGGUUGGGUCUUCAUAUGUACUGUUUGUCUUAUCCAUUUUCUUUACAAUAGUGGGACUUCUAUUUGCUGGCAAAGUUUGUUUACCUGGCUGAUGAAUGUCUGAACUGCAGGACUUUAUUUUGGAAAAGAGCAAGACAUCAGAAUUGCAUUCUCAGGAGGAUGCCUAGAUCAGACUAUCAAACACUUACUGAAAAGAGGAAUGCUUUGACUUGUUCUCACUAUGCACUUUGGAUGAAAAAAAGGAGAGCCUUUCCCAUAACCAAAUACAGACAACGUUGACUAAUCUCCUGAGCAUAUUUAAUGCAGUCAGGUCUGCACUGUGAUAGGAACUAGUGAAGAAUGCUUUACACUGAGAAGCAUAAUGCCCCAUGUUACUGUACUGUUCCUGUUUUUAAUGUCUAAUGAUUUGGAAGUCGAAGUAUUUAUGAACUUUGUGGUAGACCAGAGGGUUGCAGAGGAAUUCAAGUGAGGCUGGCCUCGCUGUUUAGGAGAUUAGUAUUUUACAUCUUCCUUCUGAUGAGCAAAGCCUUUGGCACCAACGUGGAUCAAUCUUGCAUUACUGCACCAAGAAGCCAAUAGAUCAAAACAUGUUCUCUAAAUGUAUGUAACAGCAAGGAGACAUACAUCCCCUCCCCCAUAAGCUCUACAAAAACACUAAGGAACGUUUUAGAGGGGGAUUUCUUCCUUAUAUUUAUAUAAAUAUAUAUAUAAAUAUAUAUAUAUUUUGCUGAUGCAGUAUACAGUGUGUGUGUAUGUGUGUGUGUGUAUAUACACACAUAUAUAUAUAUGUGUAUAUACACACAAAUGGUUCCUGGAAAAGAACUCAGAACGCUUUGCUAGCAAAACACUGUGGUGUGCAAAACUAGAACUCAAUAGAAAAAAGCCAUUUCUCUGAAGGCCACAUAGCUGAGAGUCUUCAGUUUACCUCAUUCUUUGUAGCAGCCCUUGAUUUUAACAGUUUUUGUAAUAGGUACAAACGAUCCCAUGCCUUUCUAGGUGCAAUUUUAAGUUAAGCUAAAAUUGUUUUUAUGGUAAUUUAUUUGUAUAUGAGGGUAGAAGGUGAGAUCAUGUCAUACCUUAAAGUUAAAAACCUAAUUUUGGGAAACUGACACUAUUUAAAUUAUUAGCAACUGUUGUACAGAAAGUCUCUUUUUCUACUGCAUUGUUAUAUUAGCAUUCAUACAUGUUCAAGCACAGCAUUUUACCAUAGAUAAGCAUUUCUCUAGCACAUGUAAAAUGCAAUGUUUAAAGUAAUGCAAACACUAUUCCACUGCAAAGAUGGAUGAACUUAUUUUCAUUUGAGUAUAAAUUCAUCUUUACCAAAAAAAUGAGCAAUAUAAUUGUUUAAAUAAUAUAUGCCUUGUUUACUAAAGUUGUUAUGUUAGAUGUGGACUUAAGGGCCACCCAAAUUUGGAGUAAAUAUUCCUCACUAAAGGUAGUUUUAUUUUUCAACGCAAGAAUCAACCUUUCAAUCCAUAGAUGUCAUAAUUCACUACUCAAUCUAACCUUGCAGAAAGUACAGUUUAGUGCCCCAGGAAAGCUGCCUGCACUAUCAGUAUUUAUUUUCCAGGUAAUACGUGGUUUACCUGAGAUUCAUUAUGAAAACAAAAAAAUUGUAUGUUUCAAGUGCUGUUUCACUGAGCUUAUUAGAACUGCAUUGCUAAAUAGACAUUUUUCUAAAAUGUUAGUGAAAGUGUAUUUUAGAAUGAGGUGGUUGUUAAAGUAUAAUCAGCAGUUUCCAGAAUAAUCACUUAUCACAUAAGCUUAAGUGUUUGAAAAUAAGACAAUUUGCACGAUUCUUUUAAACUGUGUGCCAUUCAGACCCUAGUGGGUCCCUGUCCUCCUCCUCUUCCUCUUCCUCCUCCCUCUCCACCUCUUCCCUCUCCCCCCUCACAAGGUAUUUUAAUAUGAAACGGUUAUUUGCUGAAUUAAGUAUUUUUUCUUUUGACAUUUUUGAACAAACCUGUCACUGGAAUGGUCUGUAAGUGACUUUUUUUCCAGUCAGCUCACUCACAGGUAGAAGGGAGUGUUUAUAGAACACUAAAUUUUUCUAAAGUAUACUAAUCUGUAAAUACAGCCAGGCACCUGCUUGGAAGUAAUGGUUUAAAUAUGAUUUGGUUCCUAAUUUAAGCCUUCAUCUGCAUGGGUAGUCCGCGGUCCCCAGCGAUGUUGGUGGAGAUAAAACGCAGGGUUCAGCUGCUGGAUGUGUGUCUAAAUUUUUUGUGUUAUCACUGCUGUAUCCUAAGCUGAUGUAUUCACUAAAACUUAGAUCAUAAAUUACGUUGAAAAAAAAAAAGCUCUUAUUUUUUUCAGAAAUCUCGCUUUUGUAAAUAGUUCUAGGUGAUUUUUGUAACUGGAACACAGGUGGGGGGGAGAGUUUCUUAGCUGCUAAGAUUUCUGCCCACCCCACUUACUUAUUUCAGUUAUAGUAACAUCAUGUAUACAGUGGAUUUACGCUUAGAUUAAAUGGAUCAUCAUUUAAUAAAAAAAUAUAAACAGUUACCUUGGAGCAUACCCAGUCUGUGGCUGGCUGGCUGGAAAUUUAUCUGAUCUGCCAGUGCCAUUGCUAUGAAUUAUUAAAUGAUAGCAGAGAUUUAACUAGCAGAUUGUUUGUUUAAAUAUUUGAGCAUUUUAAGUCCAGAAAUAGAUGCAGCUACCUGCAUUUAAAAAAAUCCCACCCAGUAAUUGAAGAGACAGCUGUCAACAGUUGCUUUUAAUAAGGUCACUAAGUACUAUAUAGUACAGUAUUAAUUUAUAGCAGAAAAUCAUAUCUUGUAAACUGUAUAUAAAACACUGUUUUAUGGUGCAAUCAUUUGUCAAACUUAUGUCUGUUACUUUUGUUUUAAAGUUGUGUGUAUUCUUUUCAUACCUAAGAGCAUCACUGUAAAAUCUGCUGAAGACUAUUUAUAGGUUUUAUUUGCACAAGGUUUUGUUUAAAACUAAAGGAAGUUCGUAUUGAACAUGCCUAAACAUCUGUAGACUUUUUCAGUUCAUGAAAAGAAAAUGUUUCCAUAUGAAUCUUCUCCAAAGGUAAUCCCGCAUUUGUGUUGAGUGUUUACAUAAACUUCUGAUUCUGCCAGCCAUUAUAUUUAACUUUUUGAAGGACAGCUCAUUUCAUGUGUCACUAGGGAUUCUUAUUUAGUCUUUUGCUUCAAAAUUCCCCCAAAAGUUUGAUGUCCCAUCAUAAUGUAAUUUGUGCUCAUUUUGUCAUUUAUUUGGCUAACAAAAUGUAAGACCAGAAACUUAAAAUACCUUCAGAAGGAAAACUAGUUAAUUUGUCUGUAUAAAUCUUGUCAUUGAGCUCAGCUGAAAUAAUCACCUGGAAGCCGUUUGUCUCAGACCUGGGCAGGAUGUGCUUCCCUGAACACACCAGUCUAACCAUUUAGCAUUGUUUUCCAUUGUUAAUCUUGCUGGCAAGUGAUAUCAGUUUCUUGAAGAUGCUGGUAGUAUGCAACACCACCUGAGCCCCUUCCUCUGGCUGAAGUAAAGCCGCUGGAUUAGGGCCUUCCUGUCAUACCUGUGUUUCAGAGCUGUUGUUUAACCACUUCAGAACACAACUGUAGAUUACUGUUUGCCCCAACACACACACACACACCAAAAAAAAAAAAAAAAAAAAAAAAAAAGAAGAAGAAAAGAAAGCUGUCCUUUAAAACCUUUGUGAAGGAUGAAAAUAAUGAAGGAAAUGGUGUCUGCAGGCGGGUUGUCCUGCCUGGGCGUCGCGUCGCUCCCCGCUCAAGGCCUGAUCGUCUGCGUCCCCCGCCCCGGCCUUUACUGAGGAUUGUUUUCUAAUUGGUUAGAACAUUUUUCAAUUAAUGAUUUCCGAACAAAUGUUAAUACAAACUGUAUAAAGUGAACAUAAUUUUCUUCACUUGUAUUUUUGUUAUUGAGCAAGUUUAUCAAAAUAAAUUGUCUACUAAAGCGA